CAUCCCUCGAGUCUUUUCGCUUCUCUUGUUUUUAUUCUCACUUUAUUCCAUACACACCUGUAGCUCUUCCACCCUGUUCUCGAACGGAGGAAGUGAAGUACUGAUCGCAACCAAGCACAAUGAAGUCUAACACAACAGCAGGUGAGGAGGAGUGCCUUGGAUGGGCUGCCACAGAUCCAUCUGGCCUUCUCUCUCCUUACAAUUUCGCUCGCAGGGCAGUGGGGAGUGAGGAUGUUUCCAUAAGAAUCACGCACUGUGGAAUAUGUUAUGCGGAUGUAGUCUGGACUAGAAACAAAAUAGGUGAUUCCAAGUAUCCUCUAGUACCUGGACAUGAGAUUGUGGGGAUCGUGAAAGCAGUUGGGUGUGGUGUCCAUGCCUUCAAAGUUGGGGACCAUGUUGGAGUCGGAACCUAUGUCAAUUCCUGUAGACAUUGCGAGUAUUGCAGCGAAGGCCUUGAAAAUCACUGCGAAAACGGAGCUGUUCGCACUUUCAAUCAUCUUGAUUUUGAUGGUACUAUCACUAAAGGAGGCUAUUCCUCUUCUAUUGUUGUUCAUCAAAGAUACUGCUUUAGAAUACCUGAUGGCUACCCACUGGCCUCAGCGGCGCCUCUUCUUUGCGCUGGGAUUACUGUUUAUGCUCCCAUGAUGCGUCAUAACAUGAACCAGCCUGGUAAGUCUCUCGGUGUCAUUGGACUUGGUGGCCUUGGUCACAUGGCUGUCAAAUUUGGCAAGGCAUUUGGGUUGAAUGUUACAGUUUUCAGUACAAGCAUUUCCAAGAGAGAGGAAGCUCUCAUGCUGCUUGGUGCCGACAAAUUUGUAAUCUCGUCUGACGAGGAACAAAUGAAGGCCCUUGCUAAGUCAUAUGACUUUAUUAUUGACACCGCAUCCGGAGACCAUCCUUUUGACCCAUACAUGUCGCUGUUAAAGACUGCCGGUGUUCUUGUUUUGGUGGGCGUCCCAAGUGAAAUUAAACUGCAUCCUGCAAACCUCAUUUUGGGUAUGAGAACGAUUUCUGGCAGUACCGUAGGAGGUACCAAUGAGACACAAGAAAUGUUAGAGUUCUGUGCCACUCGUGGAAUAUACCCUAACAUAGAAGUGGUUCCAAUUCAGUAUGCAAAUGAAGCACUGGAGAGGCUAGUACGCAAGGAUGUGAAGUACCGUUUUGUGAUUGAUAUCGAGAACUCGCUCAAAUGAACCUUUGAAGGGCAAGAACUCUUUGGCUUCCCUGGGCAAUACAACACAACAGUUUGACAUAGCAGAGGAGGAUUGUAUUUCUCUGGAAGUGUUUGGGAUCAAUACUGUGUUUUGUGCAAGAAAUCAAAGGAUUAACUAGAAAUAUGCGAAUGAUUGUAUCUGCAUUUAGGUUACCGAGGAAGGGUUACAUAAUUUGGACCUAAAAUAAGACAUUAACUCUGAAGCUUCAAGUAUUCAAUUCAAUUAUUCAUCAUUACCGAAAGAAGAUGAAAAGAAUUCAAUAAUAUAUGUUAUGUUGAAAUGCGCUUCUAU